AGCUUGCGCACGAACCUUGACAAUUCAACGACUUCAUCUUUCUUAUUAUUCGUACUAUUGAAACGACGAGGAACGACCGCAUCUGUCCUGUUUCACGUCAAGAUAGAGACCGUUAUCUGUCAUUUCCAUAAAGGCAAUGCUAGAAGAGCUAUGUAUCGCGUUCCAAGACUUGCGCACCAUCCAAUAACAAUUCUGAUUCUAUCACGGCCGGUUCUUGAUGAAUGGAAUGUCUACUUGUGAUACGUAACGUUGGAUUAAAAAAAGGCUUACUAGAAAGUCUGGGAUCCAGUCUGCAACUGCCAGCCCCUUGUUCGUUCUUUGUCGAUACUGCCGAAAUAAUAUUACGACUUUUCUGUUACUCGGGCAAGUUUGAACUCUGGCACUUACACAGUUCAGAAAUAUCUUCGAUACCUCGAGCCAUCGACGCAGACCAAUGCCACAAGGUUCGCAACCAAAGCUUCCUAUCAGUGCCAAUUUGCCGUUGGCAUGACGUCGAGAUGAAGCUCGAAAUCUUACAGAAGACUCGCUCUGCGCACAACUCGAUUCUACUCACGACACUCAAUGUGCCGUGGCUACCCACUCAGGCUUCGAAUUCGCACGAUAUAGAAGAGUCUUCCUUGCGGCAGAUACUGCAUUCCACAAUACCAUUAGCGCGUCCGUGCUACCCAAUAGUGACGCUUCUACCGAUCGAAUCUGAAUGGACAGAAGUCACAUUCUUUCAAGAGCAGCGAUGGUUCUAUGAUUGUUCUAGAUACCCGCCGACGCCAUCAGACGUCAUUGGCCAGGGUUGGUGAAUUCCGUUACAAGCCAUGCGUGCCACGUUCUCCAUCUUUACUGUAACAGUCUUGGUUCAAGAAUCGUCGACCAUGGCUCUCAGCGACUAUCUACCACCCGGACUUGCCUAUCUAUCCCGAGCCAUUCUUUCCGGUGUCAUUCUAUGCACUG